CCCCUGCCCGCCGCGCCCCGCGCCCCGCCCCGCGCGCCCCGCCGCCGGGACAAAGCCGUCACCUUCUGCACGCACCGCCCGCGCCCCAAGCGGACCGAGCCCGGCCCCGCGGCCCGGCCCGCCCGGCCCCCGCGGCCCGCGUCCUACUACUCGGACCCCGGCCGCGAGGACCAGCCCGUGCGCAAGCAGGAGCAGCCCCGCAGCGACUCCACCGACUCCGACCUCAGGUACUACUCCGAACCCGACGCCAAGUACUUCGAAAUUGAUUACGAAUUCCUCAAAGAGCUCCGUCGCAUCGCACGCAACAACUGCCCCAAGUGCCGCAGGAAACGAUCGAGGCGGAAUGACCGCGGAGAAUAUAAAGAAAAGUCGUCAAAAGAUAAAACAAAGACACCGAGGAGUUCUCGGCUCAAAGAGAACUACGUGUACUGUAACGGUAGGUACCACAGUGAGAAGGAACACUGUCAGCUGUGCUGCAGGGUCUGCAACCGAUCCACGGACACACUCGACUCCAUCGACGACGACCAAUACUCGAUGGUAUCGAAAAGUUACAGCCAGCCUAAGAUCUCAUCGCGAUCCAAAUCAACACCUCGAAACUCGCGUGAGCGAAAAAACUCGAUACAAUCAAAUAAGUCGGUAUCAUUCCUUGAAUCGAGUAACGAUGAAUCGAUUAGGGAAGAACCGAACUAUACGGCAAAAAGCUUUACGAAUGAUUUAAAGAAGUUUCUGUUGAAACCGUCAGCGCCGCGACAAAGUUUACGCGAUAAAUUCAUUACGAGUUUCAAACAGGAAUUCGAGGCCACAAAGAAGUCACCGAAGCUGAAAGCUAUAAAAGGUCUGUGGAAGUCUUAUUGAAACGCAGUGGUUGAGCAUUGACCAAAUAUUUGAUGCAAAUCAUAUACAAUUUUAUAUACGUGCCAACUUUUACUGACAAACAUUGUCACAGUUUUGUUUCACAAGUAUAUAAUAUCGAUAUCGAUGCUGUAAAAUGUAUAUUGACUUGAACUGUCGAUCUUUAUUCUAAGUUUAUUUAUUUUUCUUUUGGUGCUUUUUUACUUGACACUGCAGAUUUUCAAAUUAGUGUCAUGUCUGUCCGUACAUUUCGCUGGCAAUCAAUAAGAUAAAUAGAUUUAUCGAGUCGAUAUGAAGUCGUGGCACUAAUUUGAAAUGUAGUUCUAUAUUUCUUAUAAAACGUAAGUGUUCAUAAUUGGUCUAAAGGAAACUGAAAUCCAAGGUUUCGGUGCUAGUGGGGAAAGCGUUAUACAACUUUACACAAUGUAUUAUACUUCACAUUAUACUCCGAUUAUAUAUACAUAGACAAAUAUAUACGUAUGUGUGCAAUAACUAUUGUAUGAUGGGUCGGUUCGUGUUGCAUUGGAAAGAGACAAAAGGGAAAAUUUCUUUCCUAAAACCACAUAAUAGAGGGAGAUGAAUUAAUAACACCUGCGCAAGAGUUUAAAAAAUGUCCUCUGAAUGUUCACUUUUUGCGAUUCCAAUGUAACAUGAAUCGAUCCCUAUAAAACACUGUUUUUCUUACAUAUUUAUAAAUAAGUAUAAGAUAUUGAACUAUCAUCACUUUUUACAACUACUAUGGAAUUUAAUGCACAUGAUAUGAAUAAUCUUGGCCUAUACGCACGAAUGUCACAAUAAUUAGAUACUUCGGUCUAUCAAGAUGGUAAAUGGACGUUUAAGGAUAAGUAUGACAUUAAAAUUAAAUAUUAGAAGAAAAAAUCGUAAAAAUCUUUUUAUUGUAUCUGUGAAUUAGAGAUAUUGGACUGUUCCAUACUUAGGUACUGCGGUACAUUCGUAGGUCUUGAUAGUAUAUUUGUAACUUAGUGUGGGCCACUAGUAAUUGCAUGCGUCCUUAUUAUAUCAAAACACAAGUCAAUUGAUCGUCAUAUCGUAUAAAACAAUGUGUUUAUCAGAGUAUAAAAAUAUACCAAAACUUCUAAAAUAUGAAACUUUAAAUAUAAUAUAAACUUUUCGCUCAGAUAAAAGCAUAUGACACACAUGCGUGUGCGCAUAUUUCUUAGACUUACUAAUUCAUGAUUAUAAAGUUUCUUUGUCUUUAAUAUAAAGCUAUUAAAAAAAUGUCUGAUAGUACAAUAUGACGCCCAUUGACUUGCCUAUCACUGAUAUAUGAUACAGUAGUACCCUAGGGAUCACUUAGUGAUGAUAUAGUUACAUUUUGUUGUUUAUACAUAAAUAGUGUUUUAGCUAAAUAUAUAGACUUUUAUAUAGUCACUAUAUGCAUGAAUUAGUACCUAAACGGUGAUUUCAAACUCCUAAUUGUGUAGGAAUAUUCAUAUUCUGUUUUGGGGUUGCCAUUUUUCUAAUGGGUAGUGUGGUCGUAAGAAAAAAUGUUUUAAGAAAGUUUUUUCAUUAAAAUCAGUUGUCUUCAUUCUAAGAUCGAAGGUUCACAACGAACUAACGUUUCUUCGUCACAAUUUUAGUGUUGUGUUAGUUUCUGAUAUAUAAAGUUGCCAAAUAUGUGUUUUUAUAACACAUUAUUAUAUUUUCCGCCCCAAUACUAGUUCUAAUACUUUCUUAUAUUUAUGUGAACAUUAGAUUCUGUACCCUUAGUACGAGAAAUGUAAUAGAAACGAGAGCGCGUUCGGCGCUCUGAUUGGUUGGUUUAUUUGAGCCGGCCAAUCAGAGCGCCGGACGUGCUCUUGUUUCGAUUCAAACAGACUCAUACUAAGGGUACUGCAAUCUUGUCAAAUAUAGGGAUGAUUAUGCUCUAUUGAUGAUCAUUGAAUGUAGGAGAGAUGUAAAAAGAGUUUGUCCUUUUAGUAAAUGGUCCAUAUAUUUGAUUAGAUUGCGAAGAUAAAAAACUAUACGAUUUCGUAAGACUGUAGUGCUACAUGUAGUAGUUGGUAUUGUAACGACGCCGUCUCGUAAACACGUGUUAUUUCUUUAUAGUUUCCAUUUAUUAUGUACAUAAUUACUUCUCCUAUAGAGAAUUAGCAGGCCUAUAUAUUGUAUUGUAUGAAGUUUUUGUUAUGUGUGCUAAUACCCGAUUUCAGUAUUUAUUUUUUACUAUAUUCAUGUCAUUUUCUUAUAGCUUUGAAUAUCAAGUUAGCUUUGGUUGAUCAUUUAGGAAUCUGGCGUUAGCAUGCUUUAAGUAUUAUUUAUUUUAAACUUCUCAUCAUCAAAGACCUUUUCAGGUGCCAAAUGGUUAAUAAUUUUGACCGGCUUUUUUGUACUGGAUUUUAAUAAAUUGAUUUUGUAUCCGGGUGUCUACCGCAAGUUGUAAAACGAACGUCGAUCAAUCCAUUGCGGUUUUCCAACGACAAUUUCUACAAUAAAUUUUAUUGCUCUAUACAAAUACCGCAAUGGAAGAAACUCAGCUUUCGAGCGAUAAUGAAUAGAAGCUGCCUAUGAGACGAGGUGUUUUGAAAUAGAAACUUUUAAUACAUGAAAAUAAAGUUCAUUUCUAGUUGACAUCGGGAAUAUCAUAUACUAUUAUACUGAAUAAUGAUGAAAAGUAGACCUAAACACAAUAGUGAUAAUGACGAUUUCACCUCGUCUCGUGGCGUACAUUGGACAAUUUAUUUUCGAGAUAUUACGAUUUGUGACUGUUGACGCGAUGUAAAGCGAUCUCAUUGAUAUUAUCAUGUGAUGAGGCUUAUUGACACAGAUUUUUAAUAAUUUUUCAGCACAUUAUUUGUAGUUUAAGUUUUUUGUACAGAUUUUUUGAUAAUACGUUGUUUCAAUGCUGUUAUGCAUUUCAAGAUUACAAAUGUACUAUGGAUGGUUCGAAAUAUCGACUAGGACAAUACUGGAUUAAUGACUGACUAUACAAUCGGCAAUCAAGAUCAAUUUAGAAUUGAAAUAAUACUUGGCGCACUGGGUAAAAAAGGCUCAUCCAUUUUUUAGGAGUCUGGUAAAAUAGUAUGAAGUCCUAAUCUAGAAUUUUCUUAGUCCUAUUUUGACUAUAGUCUCUAGUACAUUUGUGUUCAGCUUUUUGCAGUUUUUUUAUUGUUUAAUUUCAGCUUUCAGCUUUUACCUAAGCCGGUUGGCAUUUUUUUUAGAAAAUAUUUUUAUUAACACUGAUUGAAAUGGGUCGCGGUACUGGUUUUUGGAUUUGUGAGUUCAAUUUUAUCUGGUUUAAAGUUAACUCGGGUGGGGUUAAAGAGUUUGCUUCCAAUUACUUAGCUAACUUAUACUACUUAUGAAAAGAGAUGAAAUUAGAAGUUUUAAUUGAAGUGUUGAGUUACAAAAUUAGGCUUUUGAAAGUAUUCCUAAUGACAAGCAGGUAUUCUUUAAUUUUAAAAUCAUUAUAGAUGAUAUCGUUUGUUUCGUCAGCUAUAUCUCUUGAUGGUUUUUAUUUCUGGCUUUAUAACUGUUAUUUUAAACUUUUUAAAGUGGUUGUAAGCAAAUUCUUCUGUGUCGUGCGGAUGUGAGUCGUUUUUUGGAGAAAUAGUUACCAUAAUAUAAUUUGUUUACAAAACCCAUUGCACAAAAGUAACAGUUCAAUUUAUUAAGUUUUAAAGUUUACUAUAAUUUUGAUCUGAUUAAGUUAAACAUUAGUUGGUUGCUAUGUUGCUAACAAUAUUAUUUUUAAAAAACUAUACAUAUUAUUAUUAUUAUAUUAUACAAUAUUUGUAAAUUUUAAUAAAUUAUAUACUUAGUAGUGAUGUUAAUUGAUGUAUUUUAAAAUUGACAAUAAAAUAAAGCAGUAUUUAAAUUAUUGAACUUGAAUGUAAAUUUUAGUGGUGUGGUGUUUUCGCAGAGAUUUUAUUGGACACUCAAAGUGUAGUUUCCUCGGCCCGUGUAAUAUAGAAGGUUUGCGGGAACCCCACACCUGUAAUACAUUUUUUCUUGUUUUGGAGAUAUAUUUAUAUUAUCUGUUGAUGUUUGACUAUUCUGUAUUUGCAUUGGUAUUAUUUUUUUUGUUUAAUUUUUAAGCCCAUGUAUAUUUCUACGGCCAAGUAGACGAGUAAGAGAUAAUUCAACGAAUUGUUUACAAUAUAAAACGAAGCAAUAAAUAAUGAAACUAGA